UUACUUAGAGCCUAAAAAUUAAAUUCCAAUAAGCAUACCCAAACAUGAGUUAGUGUGUAUACAUUGAAUUAUAAAUGACUCAUUCUUUUAAAAGUGUUAGAAGAGGAAAUUUUGUUCCCCUUUCUUUUGUGACCCCCACCCCCUCCAUCCCACCCUUCCCUGCCACUUCCAAACAACCAGCCAACCAGCCAGCCAGACAUUCGCUGCAACAGACAUUACAUAGAUACACCUCACUUAGUAGAACUGCAGACCUCUCUCCCAUAUAUAUAUCCACACAACACAGACCAAGCCAUAUAUAACUCUGCUAGCACACAACAGCAGUCAGCAGUGACUGCACAACUCUACAGCAGGAUACAUGUCUCAUUUAACGACAAACUGCAAUGGAUUUAGUGACACAAUUGCAGAUUUUCUGAACCAUCACAUGAGGCCCUCUCUUUAAAAAUGAUCAACCACUGUUGCUUAGCAACAUUUUUCACUAGCGAUAUGUUGAUGCCGUUGAUUUUUCUCAUGAUCUUUAUAACAUCUUGUCUCUGUGUUGAUGUGACUUACCAUGUUGAAGAAGGUAAAAGAUCUAAUACUUAUAUUGGAGAUAUUGACAUCGAUACACAUUUUGUAGAAACAUUUCCAGUCAAAGGUCAUAUAAGUUUCAGCCAAAUAAAACAUAAUUCUGACAUUCCUCAGUUAUUCAAUGUCACCAAAAGAGGAAAACUAUACACAACACAGACUCUAGAUGCAGAGACACUUUGUAGCUACAAUAAAGAAUGCUUUAAAAUGCUUGAUGUUGCUGUGCAAAGAGAAAAAUUUUUCAUUAAAAUAUUAGAAAUCAAGGUAAUUAUAGAAGAUAUCAAUGACCAUCGGCCUGAAUUUCCUAACAGACUAAUUCAGCUUCAAUUCUCUGAAGGGGAUCGAAAAGGAAUGACUAAAUCAAUUCCUAAUGCUAUUGACAGUGAUGUUGGCUUAUUGAAUUCCCAGAUCAACUAUGAAUUAAUAAAAAAUCAUGAUGAUCCGUUUUCACUUGCCCUUUCAAAAAGGGUUGAUGGUUCUUAUUCCCUUGGAAUCACUUUAGAAAAUAAGUUAGACAGAGAGAUACAAGAGACCUAUAUGUUAGAAGUCAUUGCUAAAGAUGGAGGUUUUCCACAGAACCAAGGCACAUUGCAAGUUGAAAUAUCUGUAGGAGAUAUAAAUGAUAAUUCUCCAGUAUUCUCUCAAAAUCUCUAUAAUGUUACCAUUAACAACCAACACCAACUAGAUAGGCCAAUUGUAAUGAUUGUUGCAACAGACAUGGAUUCUGGUAAAAACAGCAAGGUUCAAUAUUAUUUUAGUUCUAAAACUUCGGAAUUGGUUAAAACAUACUUCAGAUUAAAUGAAAUAACUGGAGAAAUUUUCCUUAAUGAACAAUAUAGUCAGGAAAAGAGAAAAAGAUUUAAGUUAUUUAUUGAAGCCAGGGAUGAAGGUAGCCCACCUUUGAGUUCAAUUGUUGUUAUACUUGUAAAUAUUAUCAAUCAACAGAACAAUGCACCAACUAUUGAUAUGAAUUUCUUCUCAGAGUCAUCAGGAAGCACUGCCAUGAUUUCUGAAGAUAUACAAGUUGGCAACUUUAUAGCUUAUCUGAAAAUUAUUGAUAAUGACAUUGGAGAAAAUGGAGAGAUCAGCUGUAAUCUUGACAGUGAUAAAUUUCAACUACAGAGUCGAGGAAUAAAGAAAUAUAAAGUGGUUAUAAAAAAUCGUGUUGACAGAGAGAUUGAGAAAUAUAUAAAUUUUACUAUAACUUGUCAAGACAAAGGAUCUCCUCCGCUGAAAACAGAAAGAAAGUUCUCCAUUCAAGUGAUAGAUGUCAAUGAUGUACAACCACAAUUCACAAAAGAUACUUUUAAAUUUCUAACUUAUGAGAAUGAAAGGCCAAAUUUUCCUGUUGGCUUUGUUAAUGCUACUGAUCCUGAUUUGGGACCUGGAGGUCAUCUUACUUACACGAUAUUCAAAAGCAAUAGACAUUUUCUUCCUUUUGAAAUAUCUAAUUUUGGAUUUAUCUCUACUACAAAAUUGUUGGACCGUGAACAGCAAGAAAUUUAUGAGUUCAAAGUUUUAGUUAAAGACAAUGGGGUACCAUCACUUAAUGACACAGCAAAGGUUAUUGUGGAAAUUAUGGACGAAAAUGACAAUGCACCAUAUUUCAUCUUUCCCAGUGUUAACCCAUUCAGUCUUGAUGUUCACUACCAUCCACAGAGUAAAAGUGACAUUACAACAUUAAGAGCUGCAGACCGAGACAGUCGACAAAAUGCUUUUCUUAAAUAUGAACUUCGAGGAGGCAAUACUAAAUAUUUAUUUGCUAUUAAUCCUUACACAGGAGUUUUGUCAUUCUCUCGGCCAGUUCAUCAAAAUGAUGCUGGGUCAUUUGAGCUUCAUUUGGCUGUCAAAGACAGUGGCACACCAAGCUUAUCAGCAACAACAACACUAUCUUUAACUCUAACUGUAAGUAAUACAACAGCUAAAUUAUUCACUGCUAUUGAUACACAGUCUGACAACAAAAUACAUAUUAAUUUAUUCAUCAUUAUCAUUGUUGCAGCGGUAGCAGUAUCUGUUGUACUCGUUGUGUCUAUAACAAUUUGCAUUGUAAAAGGCAGUAAUAAUAAAAAUUCUAAACUAAGACGUGGGACAAACAUGUCUUAUCGUAGUUCAGAUGAUAACCACCAAACUGAUUUAGGGGAGCCUAUGUCAUUCCAAUAUGAUGUCCCAGUGACAACACUUUCUGGUGAGGAAAGCAAAAUGCAACAACUUGUGAGUGCAAGGAGACAAAUGAAUCCUAACAGAGAAAGUUUGCAAACAGGAAUUCCUUGGCCAGCUACCACUGAAGAAACAUCACAAAUAUGUGUUCAAAUGAACACUGGUAUAUCUUCUUGUGAAAAAGCUAAAGAAAGAGCAAUCUGUGCCCCUUACCAUUACAGUGUGAUGUCCACAGUAUCUUGUGCUGAAGGUGGGUGUGGCUUGAAUGAAGGAAAUGCUGCAGUCUACGAAGAAGUUAAAGGCGCUAAGAUUUGCCAGCCAGAGCUGCUUCCGACUACAGGUAGGAGGUCUUUAAAACAAACACUCACUAGGGCAAAGAAUACUAGUGGUGGCACUACCAGAACUUCCUACAAAUAUAAAAUGGGUCAAAAUUCUCAUUGCAAUGAUAUUAUUGAUUUGAAAUCAUCUCAAGUCUGUAGUAAUGACACUAACACAAAACUACAGAUAUGGAAUCUACCAACAAGAAACAGUUUUACAUCAUAUUCCAAACCACUACCUGCUGUACCGAUUCACCAUAUUCCUAAAUCUUAAUGUAGGUACUUCCCGGCAGAGUUUUGGUUAACUUUAAAAUAGCAUAUCAAACAGUGACUGCCAAAGUGAAAGAAAAAAGAGUGUAAAAAUAAAAAAAGGUAAUUUUUCAUAUAGGAAAUCAAUCUUAAAAUGAAACACACUUGAUAUUACAUUCAUACACGGAGAGCAAAAUUCAUCUAUGUGACAUACGGUGAUUGCCAAAGCAUUUUUUCAUAUAUAAAUUCCCCACUCCCUAUGUUAAAAAUACAACAUAAAAUGCAGACAAUAUUCUUGAAUCAAUAACAUAAUUUUAAAGUGCUACAUCAUAACAUUUCUUUGAAAAAUUGGAAAUAAGAUUGUUCAAAUAAUUACUAUUUAGCAGUUGUUUGUUUUUAAUUUGAUUUCGAUUCUUAAAGAUUGCUAAAAGUCAACUUAUUAAAAUACAGAGUUAAAGUUAAAAGAAUGUUUCGGUUGAUUUGGUAAAAAAUAUAAAAUAAAAAAGUAUGUUUGAAAUUUAAAAUAUUUUUAAUAUAUUGCUUAUGAAGAAGGGCUAACUAUAAUUUUAAAUACUAGGUUAAGAAGCAUAGCAAAGAACUUAAUUAUUUUCUUAAUUUUACCUCAGUAUUACAACGCCAUAGUCAAAAGGGGUUCUACAUGAUUUUUCUGAAAAUAAUUCAACACAAUAAAACAUGACAGUUUGGUAAUACCUUACCAAACUGUCAUAUUUUAUAAUAUAUCUUAAAAGAAUGACAUUUGAUAAGCUUACCAUCAAUGCAUAGCUUGCUUUGAAUUUCCAACCAUUACCGAUAUUACAGGGAUAAAACCAGAUAUAAAACUGAACUAAAAACAAAACAAUGACUAUUCUUUAAUGUGAAAAUUCUUCAAUGUUAUAUUACAAUAGAUGUUAUUGCUGUCUUUUUUCUUCUUUUUUUUUUUCUUUUGCUUUCCUGGAUUUUUAUUUUCAUAUGACUGAUAUUCAAAUUGAAUAUAUUCUGUGAUUGUAUUUUUUUUUUACUCUAAAUUUGAUUUAAUGUUGCCAUUCUUUUGAUAUCAUUUACCAAACUACUGUUACUUCUGUUUGCAUAACAUCAUUUCUAGAUACUGAAUUUCUCUGUAGUUUAUUUUGAGAAACAAAUUUUUAGGAAAUUGCAAACCUUUCAUUUUUUUACUUUGUACAUACCAAAUUCUUUUUGAAGCAAAUAUUAUUGUAUGUAUAUUUCUGUUUACAGAUAUCUAAUUUAUUUUCUAUUAAAACUUGUCAUCGACUAACACAGUUUUCUAUGGAAUUUUUCAGUAUAUAAAACGUAUAAUAUUUUCUAUCUCUUUAACAAAACAAGUCUCAUUUUCCUCUAUACUUGUUAUGAAACUGGGGAGUUCAUAAUUAUUUUUUAGGCUUAUAACAAUGUGAUGUACCUACCAUUCAUAUUGCUUUUAUUUAGAUUAAUUACUAUAUAUUCACACUGAUAUCAUUAAUUGAUUAUACAUGAUUUAUUUUUAUUUAAGAGUAAUGUAAUUAAUUAGUGCUGUGUGUUAAUUAAGGAAUUUAAUCAGAAGUUCCAAUUUUUAUCAACGAUUAGUUUUUUUGUCAGCUACUAAAUCAUAUAGGUUUAGUCUGUUGUUAUUAAAAAGAAAAAUAGGUCUCAAUCGGGACUGUUUAGUUAAACAAUAAACUCCUAGGUCAUUUUAAAAGUCAUAUAAAUUUUACUCUGUUUAAUCUUUGUAAAGUAGUAGAUAAUGCUAAAUAUAUAUUUGGUUAUAGGUUUGUUACUUGUUCAAAAUAUUCUUCUGUCGUUGAGGCCUGCAAUGGUUUUGUAAAUGUUCCAUAUGAAAUGAAACUAAAGUAUUAUGUUUUUAGUUUCAAAUUGGUCAUAGUCAUUACAGCAAUUAGUUAGCAGUAGUAUCACUAGCAAUAUGCACAUAUGUAUAUAUUUAUAUGCAUAUGUAUACAUGUAUAUACACACACAAACACACACACAUACACAUACACACACAUAUAUAUAUAGAGAGAGGGAGAGAGUUGUCCAAGUAACUAUGUCAAAAAAAUAGACACCUGUAUAUUUGUCAAUAGAGUGGAUGUGUUAAGUGAUUCAAAAAACCGCUGCCAUACUGUCCAUAUCAACCACUCUGAUAAGUGCAGAGUUAAGUUAUGAUCUAAUUACCUAAUUCAUGUGUGAAACUGAUAGGUAAGAUAGACAGAAAUAGAUCUGUAAUAUUGUACACUAUAUAGAUUAAUGUACAUAUUUGUGUGUGUGAGUGAGAGUGGUAUGUAUAUGUAUGUAUGUUAUGUGUAUGUGUGUGUUUAUUUGUGUGUGUGGUAUAUUCUAUUAUUAGUGUGCCAAAACAGUGUAGGUGAUGAAUGUAUGAAGUCAUAUCUGUAUGUAUUUAGUUAUAUAGUGAAAUUAAAUAUCACAAGUUUUUGGAAUAAAGAGUAUUUACCUUCAACUGUAGUUACUGCAAAAGCUCUAAUGACACGUAAUUUUACAUUCACAUUAAAUACACACAUAUAUGAUCCUGCAUAUUUAUAUUGUCCUUUAAAACAUAUAAGGUCAUUUAGAAACUUUGGAGUAAGAAUUCUUUUUCUCUAUUACACUCUUGUGGUGCUUGUAUCUCUCUGGCAAUUAAUUGAUAAUGUGUUAUGUUUAACAACUACCAGAAUAGUUAUUUUUAAGUAUGUCUGCCUGAGAGGCUUGUGUCAUAACCACUUGGCUUUGGACAAUUCUAAUAACAGUAAACACAAAUAUAAGGUCUCAUCUAGAUAUGUUUUUGUCACCAAAUGAGAGAAAUACAUUCAAGUUGAUUACUGAUACAUCAAUGCAGUCUUAUUUGUUUUAUUUUUUAUGCUGCAUCAUAAAUGACAAGAAUUUAAAAACUAACAUUUUUUUUAUUGUUGUUGAGUAAGAUUCUUACUUGUUCUUGUCUAGCCUGAUAUUUGCUUUGGGUAAAUGACAUCAUUUCUGUGAAAUAUAUUCAGAAUUGAUUUUAAGCAGAAAAAACAAGUCAAGCUUGUUUGUUUCCAAUCUUUCAUUAUAUAUAUAUAAGGAAACACACACACAUGCACGCACGUGCGUGCACACACACAGACACACACACACGUGUGUGUGUGUGUAUUCAGAGAUUCCUAAUUGUAAGAAGCAGGCAGUAAUAUUAAAUAAAAGAAUGUGCUGAGUUCAAAUGCAGCUGGGGUUGAUUUUGCCUUUCAUACUUUCAGGGUUGAUAAAAUAAUUACUGGGGUCGAUGUAAUCAACUUCUCCCACCCUCGAACUUGUUGGCAUUGAGCCAAAAUUUGAAACCAAUAUUAAUGAAAGAGAUCUGGGUGCUUAUUCUAAGGUUUGGGCUAUAGUUAGUCUGAUAGUUUAUUAAACAAGAAACUUUGUUUAUUUAUUUGGAUAAUUUGCAUGAUGUAUCUAUUGUGGAAGGUUUUGAAGAAAUGUUUUUGUCAUAUUUUGAGGAAACACUCUAUUGGUAUCAAUUAUAAGUACUCAUCACUUAUUGUAUAUGAAUAUGAUAAUAUUUUUUGAAGAAUUGAUCUUUAUAACCAAAAUUAUUGCUGCUAAUGUUGAGGCGAUAUUUAUUUUUAUACAUUAAGUUCAUAUUGAGAUGAGAAGAUUAUUAACUCUAUUGUAGAAUAAAAUAGAUAGUAGUACAAUAGAAAAUAAAGAAUUUUGAAAUACAACAA